AGAUUUGAAAAUACUUUUAAAUCCCUCACCUUGUAAAAUCUGGGACAAUUGAACCCCUCCGUUGAUUUGGGUUGAAAAACGUCACCGGAGAAGGCUGAUGUGGCUGGGGGAGUGUGACCUGUCCGUUUAGGUUGCUGAGCUGGAGGGGAUACUAAAAGUUGAAGGACAGAUCGAUCCCUCACCCACAAAACGACGUCGUCCCCUUCCCUGAGCCCUAUUUGAUCGAAAACCUUGGAGGAAGACAUGGGUGUUGAUGCUGCGAUCUUCCAUGAUGAGUGAAGGGAGCUUUUCAUGCACAAGACUUGGAGGGGGAUCUUCAUGGGCUGUGCCAGGAGGAUGUGUGCGAGUUGCGAUUGCGCCCAAGUGUUACCGUGGCGUCUACGCCAUUAUGUACAAGUCAAGAACGACUAGUAACCCUAAUAGAGUGUUUCUUGGGUGUCCACUGUUCAAGGCUAAAGAACCCUAUUGCUGGUACUUUAUGUGGCUGGAUGAACAUUUGAAAAAAAUUAAGGCCGUCGAGUUUGAAGCCUUGGGUGCGGUGGAUGAAGCUGAUAGAGUAGCCAUUGAAGAACAGCUGCUUGGAAAUAAGGAUAUUGAGAAAAAAGUAGAAGAGUUGGAGAGGAAGUUGUUGUCUAUUGAAAGCCAAAAAAAAUUGAGUUUGUGGCAUAUAAUUGUGAUUGGUGUAGUAGUUGUUGUUGUUGCUGUAUGUAUGUUUAGGGUGUAAACAUGAUUGAUGUUCAUAGAGUUGGUUGUAAUGGUUGAUGUAAAAAUGGUUGAUGUACAUGGAAUUGAUGCAAAAAUGAUUGAUGUACAUGGAAUUUGUUGUGGUUGCUGUAUGUAUGUUUUUUUUUGGAAUUCUUU